AUGUGGUCAAGCAAAGCAGCUCGUGCGGCUACUAGGAAGUAUGUUGAUUACGACUACGCCAGACACAUGCCUAAGAGAUAUGUAGACAAGAUGAAGCGUACCGUGCCAUUUAAAGAGUUUGACAACAGAUUGGGGGCUCCAAAGAUGACAUAUUGGAAGUAAGUCUGCUUACCAAAAGUUUUAUUUUUUAGAGUUUCACCUGCUGAUUACGUGCCAUCAUCUUCUCGCCCAUGGGAGGGGAAAACUGCACAGGAAAACCAAAACAGAGCAUUGACUUCCACACAGUACCAACUGGCAGCAAAGUUUCUCAAAAAACUAGCAAAUAAUACUGUUGUUGUGCCUGCUGAGAAGUGGACCUUCUUCCCUGGUGACACGGUCCAAGUGAUGGUAGGAAAGGACAAGAACCGACAAGGCCUUGUUAGUCACGUCAUCCGCGAAACUGGUGCUGUUUUUGUAGAUGGUCUGCAUUUGGUAUGUUGUAUUAUUAGAAAUUUUGGGUUGUCUUGAUUUUUUUAAUUUUUCAAUUUUAGAAAUUAGAGAAGUCUGAAUCAAAGCAUAUGGAAGAGAUCCAGAACUCGUACAGGUACACCAUGCAGCCAUUGUAUCCUGUGAAGGGUGAAGUUCGACUUGUUGAUCCGAAUGAUUCGUAUGUUUAAUAUUUAUCGUUUUCAAUUGGUUAAUUUAGAGAACCGUGUUUGGUUGAAUGGAUCGAAAAGGAUGACACCUAUAUCAGAGUGAGUAAACGAACAGGGAUCGAGAUUCCAUUGCCAAGUCAAGCUGUGGUUACGUAUGAAUACGUUAAUCCCGCCACCUAUAUCGGUGAGUAACUAUGUUCCCAUUCAUGCUGAGAUACGUGACGUUUUUUUAUUUUCGAAAGCUGCUCGCUUCAAAUUCUUCUAAUAUUUAGUCCAUAUGCUGUACAACUUUAGAAUGUGUGGAGAAGGAUACUCCGAUGAAGGCAACGCUGCGCAGAACAUACGAACCCAAGAUGUCUACGUUUGAAGAUGAUGUAGCUGAUUCUCUAGCGCUUCCCAAACAACCACCAUCAAAACCAACUUAUUGGUAUUAG